AUGCGCUCACCACUGGUCACGCACUGGAGCCGGCUCCUGCCCGGGGCUGUGUCCGGGGCCUCGGUGCACAGCACCAGCCGGCCUCCCGCCUCCGGGGGCCCCAGCCGUGUCUUCUUCAGGAAGUACACGGAGGAGCAAGGCCGGAAGCUGGGCCUGGCGGGCUGGGUGCGCAACACGCCGCGCGGGACGGUGACGGGGCAGGUGCAAGGGCCCAAGGACAAAGUGGAGAUCAUGAGGAACUGGCUGCGCAGCGUGGGCAGCCCCAUGUCCCGCAUCGACCGGGCCGUCUUCUCCAAAGAGCGGGAGGUCCGUGCCCUGGAGUUCACCGGCUUCAGCACCAAGUACUAGCCCGGCGCCCCUCGCCCUGCCCUGGGGAGCCCCCUCUGCCCGCCCCAGCCCUGCCCGCUGCCCCGGAGCAGGGUCCCUGCCUGUGCUCGCGCCGUGCUGGGGACUCAGUAAAGGAGAGAGCAAAACCCA